UCCCGGAAGAGGAGCGCUGAUUGGCUGAGCGGCAGUGGCCAUGCGGUGUGUGUGGUGGGCGCUGAGUGCCGGCGUCGUGCUGUGUCUGCAGGGGGUCCGCGGCCUGGACAAUGGCCUGGCGCGCACCCCCCCUAUGGGCUGGUUACACUGGGAGAGGUUUCUGUGCGAGACCAACUGUGUGAAGAACCCUACGGGCUGCAUCAGUGAACAGCUAUUCAUGCAGAUGGCAGAUGUGAUGGUAUCAAAUGGAUGGGUAAAAGCUGGAUACAAAUACCUGUGCAUUGAUGACUGCUGGUUGGCUACACAGCGGGAUAAAAACAAUAGAUUGCAAGCAGAUCCCACAAGAUUUCCUGGAGGAAUCAAGAAAUUGGCCGACUAUGUUCAUGCUCACGGAUUACUGCUUGGAAUAUACCAGGACGUGGGUAAAAAAACAUGUGCUGGAUAUCCAGGAAGCCAGGGAUUUUAUGAGUUGGAUGCACAAACCUUUGCUGACUGGGGAGUAGAUCUGCUCAAAUUUGACGGUUGUUACUAUGAAACUCUGGAGCAACUUGAAGAUGGAUACCGCCGUAUGUCCAUAGCAUUGAACCAGACAGGUAGAAAUAUAGUGUAUUCUUGUGAGUGGCCAUUGUAUGCUCGUCAUUUAUCGAAGGUCAAUUAUACUGAAGUGGCUGAGUACUGUAACUCGUGGAGAAAUUUUAAUGAUAUUCAAGAUUCUUGGGCAAGUGUAAAGACGUUGAUAGAUUUCACAGCAGCUUUACAAGAUCAGCUGGUCCCUGCAGCUGGGCCCGGAGGAUGGAAUGACCCAGACAUGCUUGUUAUUGGUAACUUUGGCUUGAGCUGGGAUCAAGAAGUCACACAAAUGGCUCUAUGGUCCAUCAUGGCUGCUCCAUUGCUAAUGUCUAAUGAUUUGCGAGAUAUCAAUCCAAGAUCCAAAGAACUUUUGCAGAACCAAGAAGUCAUUGCCAUCAACCAAGACCCCCUUGGUGUCCAGGGGUACAGAGUGCUUAUGGUAGAUGGCUUUGAAUUGUGGGAAAAGCCCCUUGCUGGAGGAUGUCUUGCAGUUUCGGUGACAAAUCGCUACGAGAUAGGUGGUGCUCAACAGUUUCUUCUGUUACGUAGCAUGCUCUGGAAAGGAUUAGCUUGUAAAAAGUGUUAUUUGACACAGUUGCUUCCCACGCGGUAUGAGUACGGGAGCUUCAAUGAAACAUUCUGCUUGCAACUAUCAGUGAACCCCUCUGGCACGGUAUUGUUGAGGGUGGAAUAAGCACUGCAGCUUGGCUCACAAUGACUGGUGCAAUCAACUGGUUUUGGGAAUACUGUAGGUUACUGAGCGCUAAAAUAUUAAAAUUGCUUAAUUUGAUCACAAUGAAUAGUGCAAUCAACUGGUUUUUGAAAUACUGCAUGUUCCUUUUCACUUAAAUAUUUAAAUUGCUAAAGGGGGUUGUCUAGCUUUAUAUAAGGUAUGGCCUGCUCUCAGCUGUUUGGGUGUAGCUCUGUCCACAGAAAUCAGCACUGUCAACGUAGCAGUGGACAGCGCUCGUCUCGCAGCUCUGCUCCCAUUAAAAUCAUUGCCCACAUUUUCCACUACAGCGUUGACAGUGCUGUUUAGUUCCAGUGCUGAUAUCUGUCAAUGGGGCUACAGCUGACUGGCAGGGUGUCAGACCCCCGCCGAUCAGCUAGUGAUGGCCUAUCCUGAGGAAAAGACUGGACAACUCCUUUAAAAUAUCAUGGUUUUAGGGAUGAGUUUAUUUUGUGAGAAGAUACAAACAAGUGUUUUCCUAAAAAAUACCCCACAGAAAGGACUACCUAAAUCAUUUUUUUUUUAUCAGAAGCCUCUGCCUUCUACUGCUUUUCAACUUACAGACAAGAAGCACAACUGUGUGACUGAUUUUCAAAAUAGCCAUCUCCACUGACUUUAAUGUCCUAAUGCACAAUUACAUGCAUAUACACCAUCUAUGGGUUAUACGUGCUGCCGAAUGUUGUGAUGUGUGCAGGAGCCUGGCUGUAACGGACACCCAGGUUCCAGCUGCAGUGGUUGAGAUUGGUGAUAAGGGUGCUUUCACACCGUUUUUAUACUGGUCUUCUGUGCUUUGCAACAUUUUUUGCUGUAAAAACAGCAGCUCCAGCUGUUGACUCAAGGUCUAUGGGAACGAGCAUUUUUUGCUCCUGUCAUCUUUGUUAUUUAGGUGGCAUCAUUUGUCUUUCUGGCUUCUUUUCAAUAAACAGCAUGCUGCAGCUUAUUCCAGUUUUUCAGGCAUUUUCACAUUAUCU